AUGAAAAACUUAAACUUGCAUUUGAAAUUGAACAAGAUGGAUUUCCAUCAAUCUUCAUCGAUAUCUACUCCAUCAGGAUUGAACUCACAACCAUACACACCAAUAGACCAGACUUUGAAAACGCCAAUACAAGCACCUGGCGAGUAUCCAUUCAAUCCACCACCUUUACAUCAUCAAAAUUCAUACAAUAGUCAACACAAUCCACAGCCACAAUCACAUCCACAACCACAACCACAACCACAACAGCAAAGUCAAGCUUCUUUCUACCAAAACUCUCAAUGUGCUGAAUCUGAUGAUAUAUUGACUGAUAUCGACGAGCCAGAGACAUUGGGCAACAAUAACGGUACAACGAAUAAUACCAAUACAUCCAGCUACAGCAAUGCAUCGCUUAAAAGACCACAAUUCCCAAUGUCAAAUGGAAUGAAAAACACGUCAAUAUCAAAUUUGUCUUUGAAUGAAAUGAACUUGAUGCAUUACAACGCGCAGCAACUGCUGCAACAAGCCCAGGCUCAGGGCCAGGGCCAGGGCCAAUCACAAAACCAGCCAAGUAACGCGUCAAUUAGAUCGCGUUCGUCACUGUUGAAUCUUCGCAAACAGUCAUUAACCAGAAACAACUCCAACAAUUGGCUUCAUGUGGGUAAUAUACACAGUCUUCGUCCAAGGAAUAGCAAUGCUAGUACCGAUUCAUUGGAUUGUGUGCCUAUACAAGCCAAUAUAUUCAAUUAUGGAGGAGGAGAAGGCAGCAGCACAAAUAGUACACCACCACACUCUGCUGGUAUUCAACCACAUCCUCAAUCAAACUAUUUCCCUCAGCAGCCAUUAUCUGCCGGUGGCAAUAUUCAACCACAAACUGCAUACUACCCCCCACCGCCAUCAUCUGCACAUGCUCAACAAGAUUAUCCACAUAUGACCCCCACUUCAGCACCAUUCAAUCUUCCACCAGUUCCACCACCGCCGCCAUUUUUGCAAAGAAGCAGAUCGAGCACUUCUGGGAGCACGUAUGGUGGCGCUGGAGGUGGCGGUGGCCCUCCCUCAGUGCCAUACCACUUAAACACUGAAUCGGCCAAUGCGCAAGCUCUCAACAGCUUGAAUGGAAGAUCAAGCUUCAAUGCCAAUGCAAAUCCAGCUGGGUUUACUUUGGAUUCACCAUUUGAACCAAACAGCCAUCCAUUUUCACAACCGCUGCCGCAGCAAUGGUCAUCUCAACCUUGUUCACAACAGUAUUCAAUGCUGCAGCAACAACACCAACACCAACAACAGCAGCAGUAUCAGCAGUAUCAGCAACAAAGAUCACUGCUGUUUCUGCUGCAACUGCUGCAACUGCUGAUGUUAGAUGAUACAGCUACGGACGAGGCUAGGUUCAAUAGCAACUUCAAUACCAACUAUGUUUCGUUGAGUGAAAAGAAACGAGAUUCAUUAAAGUUGAAAAGAGGCAUGCAUUGA